AUGGCGCCGGCGCCGACGAUGAGCGUGCCGCCGAGCCCUGCCAGGCCUGCCAGACCGUUCGCCGGUGGCCACGUGAGGUCGGCCAGUGUGCCGUGCCACUCCCACCCGCUUCUCACGCACGUCGAUGACCAGCUGCUAGCGCUGCGCUCUUGGACGUCCAACCCCGGCGAAAACCCGUUGUCGCUGGCGCACGUCAGGGCGCUGCUCUGCGUGCUCGACGAGCUGCUUCACCUGCCGCUCGCCGCCGCCGCCUCCACGGACCACCUGCUCCACGGUUUCCUCGUCCUCGCCGACGCCUUCGGCACCUUCCUCUCCGCGCUCCUCGCCCUCAGGCAGCACGCCUCGGAGCUCCAGGCCGCCGUGCGCCGCCGCGACCAGCCCAAGAUCGCGUCCGCCGCGCGCGCGCAGAGGCAGGUGGACAAGGAGCUCGCCCAGCUCGCCGCCGCCGUGGCGCGCGAGGCCUCGAGGUGCGCGCGCGCCAGCGUGACCACGACGACGACAUGCAGCGACCACGCCGGGGCCACGGAGCUCGAGGUGGCCAGAACGGUGGCCGAGGCCAUCAAUGACACCGCCGUGGCGUCGGCUUCCGUCUUCAUGGAGGUCGGCUCCCUUGCCGACGCCGCGGCGGCCGCGGCUGCAGCACCCCCGACGAAGAAGAGGCUGCCGCCAUUGAUGCACUCGUCGUCGAGGAGCAAGAAGCAGCCGAGCUGCGAGGAGCAAAGGGGAGUGGCGGCGCUGCAGAAGCUGAAGGAGCUGGAGCAGUGCAUCGGCGAGCUGGAGAGCGAGAGCGAGAAGGUGUUUAGGAGUCUAGUGCAGGCUAGGGUUUCACUGCUCAAUAUUCACACGCCAACAUUUUAAUCACAAAAUUUAAGCUGGUGGCCAGGCAAACAAAUUUAAAUGAAUAAAGCUGGCUAUCACAUAAUUAAGGGACUAAUGUUAGGUCUUAACCAACAUAUUCAUGGGGUAAAGCUAAUGUGUUAUGU